CAUUAAUACAUGAUUGAAAUAAAUAAAUUUGAUUUAUUGAUAACUUGGCUUUAGGCAUGUUAUCUGCCAGUCUAACCACGUUGACUUACCAUUAUUCAUGGGUUGACCAAGAUAUGAAGAAUCUUUAUUAGGUCAUAAUUAAUUACUAAUAAUAUACUUAUUUCAUAUUAUACAAAUCAAUUUAAUUUAAUUAAUGCAUGUAAAGCUCUGAAUUGGUCGCAACUGACGUCUCAAAACUGCUGAUGAACUUUCCAAUUCUCAACUGUCUAAUUAUUUAAACCUUCCAGAACGACGCCGUUUCUCUCCUCGGUGAUCCACCUCCCCUCCGCCACUCACCCCACUCCCCCACUCUCCUUCUUCCGCGCGUGUCCCUCAAAGAGCCAACACUAGCUAUUACUUUAUUUUGAGCUAGUUCGCCACGCGCGAAUCCACGCGUGGCGAAAACUUCCACGCGGAUUUAUAUAUACAAAUUGACGUAUUAAAUUUGGGCCCCAAAUGGGGAUGAACUGAACCACCCUCCCUCCCCAAUACAAUUCAACCAUUUACAGCAAAAUUUCAGCAUUUAUUAAUUUUUAGUUUUUUUCUUGGUCUUCAUCUUCUCCGUUUGUUUAUUUAUUUAAUUUUAUUUUCUUAUUUGUCUAUUUGAAUCAAGCGAGCAGUCGUGGCGAUUGCCUGAAAAAAUAAUCUAGGGUUUUCCUACAUCUGGUUCCCGGUGGGCGAUCGGAGGAAUUUUGGGUGGAAAAAUGGCCGGAUGGAGGGGAUCUAGAGGUGGCGGCGACGGCGGGGCACAGUCGGUGGAGCGUGUGUCGUCGUCUCGAACGGUUCGCCUCGGAAAGGUUCAGCCACAGGCGCCAGGUCACCGGACCGUGUUUUGUAAUGACCGCGAUGCCAACGCCCUCGCUAAAUUCAAGGGCAAUUCUGUGUCAACAACAAAGUAUGAUGUCUUUACCUUUUUACCCAAGGGGCUAUUUGAGCAGUUUAGGCGGGUGGCUAACCUCUACUUUCUCAUGAUCUCAAUCAUAUCAUGCACCCCUGUGAGUCCUGUAAGUCCAAUUACAAAUGUGCUUCCGUUGUCAAUGGUGCUUCUUGUGUCUCUUGUGAAGGAAGCAUGGGAGGACUGGAAACGUUUUCAAAAUGACAUGGCAAUCAACAAUUCCUCCAUAGAAGUGUUGCAAGAUCAGAAGUGGGUAUUUACUCCUUGGAAGAAGCUGCAGGUUGGAGAUAUUAUCAAAGUGAAGCAGGAUGGAUUCUUUCCAGCUGAUUUGUUAUUUCUUGCUAGCACAAAUGCUGAUGGAGUCUGCUACAUCGAGACUGCAAAUCUGGAUGGUGAGACUAACUUGAAGAUACGGAAAGCAUUGGAAAAGACAUGGGAUUAUGUGAACCCAGAGAAAAUUUCUGAAUUCAAAGGUGAGAUACAAUGCGAGCAACCAAAUAAUUCACUGUACACUUAUACUGGGAAUUUGAUAGUUGAUAAACAAUCGUUACCUCUCAGUCCAAAUCAGCUUCUAUUAAGGGGUUGUAGUCUAAGAAAUACCGAGUACAUAGUUGGGGCUGUCGUUUUUACUGGGCAUGAGACAAAGGUUAUGAUGAACUCCAUGAAAAUUCCAUCCAAGCGAAGCACCUUAGAAAAGAAACUUGACAAGCUGAUUCUUGCAUUAUUUAGUGUUCUUUUCUCCAUGUGUGUUUUGGGUGCCAUUGGAAGUGGUAUAUUCAUAAAUCCCAAGUACUACUAUUUGCGUUUUGAGAAUACUGGCAGAACAGAGAAACAGUUUAAUCCUGACAACAGAUUUGUGGUUGCUAUCUUGACAUUUUUUACUCUUAUCACUCUCUAUUCACCAAUCAUUCCAAUCUCUCUGUAUGUCUCCGUCGAGAUGAUUAAAUUUAUUCAAUCUACCCAAUUCAUCAACAAUGACUUACACAUGUACCAUGCUGAGAGCAAUACCCCUGCAUCAGCUCGGACGUCUAACUUAAAUGAGGAACUUGGGCAGGUGGAAUAUAUUUUCUCUGACAAAACUGGGACCCUUACGAGAAACUUGAUGGAAUUUUUCAAAUGCUCGAUUGGUGGAGAGGUUUAUGGUACUGGUGUGAGUGAAAUAGAGAUCAAAAUAGCUCAGAGGACUGGAGCCAAAGUUGAGUCUCAGAAGCAGCCACAUGCAGCACGUGAAAAGGGUUUCAACUUUGACGAUGGACGGCUUAUGCAAGGUGCUUGGAGGAAUGAACCUAAUCCUGAGUCCUGCAAAGAAUUCUUCAGGUGCCUUGCAAUAUGUCAUACUGUGCUUCCUGAAGGCGAAGAGUCCCCUGAGAAGAUUCGAUAUCAAGCUGCAUCACCUGACGAGUCUGCUUUGGUUAUUGCAGCAAAGAAUUUUGGCUUCUUUUUCUACAAACGUUCACCUACGACAAUUUACGUUCGCGAGUCACAUGUUGAAAAGAUGGGAAAGGUUCAGGAUAUUGCAUAUGAAAUUUUGAAUGUCCUUGAGUUUAACAGUACGAGGAAGCGCCAGUCUGUUGUAUGUCGUUAUCCAGAUGGUAGACUCGUACUUUACUGCAAGGGUGCGGAUACAGUGAUAUAUGAAAGAUUGGCGGAUGGAGACGGUGAUUUGAGAAGAAUAUCUAGGGAGCACUUGGAGCAAUUUGGAGCUUCUGGAUUGCGUACACUUUGCCUUGCUUAUCGAAAUUUGAGUCCUGAUGAAUAUGAAAAUUGGAACGAGAAAUACGUUCAGGCAAAAUCUUCUCUGCGAGAUAGGGAGAAGAAAUUGGACGAGGUUGCAGAACUAAUUGAGAAGAAUCUUAUUUUGAUCGGAUGCACUGCUAUUGAAGACAAGCUUCAGGAGGGAGUACCUCAAUGUAUAGAGACCCUCUCUCGAGCUGGAAUUAAAAUUUGGGUGCUAACUGGAGACAAGAUGGAAACAGCAAUAAAUAUUGCUUAUGCAUGCAAGUUAAUCAGUAACAGCAUGAAGCAAUUUAUAAUCAGCUCAGAAACUGAUGAUAUUAGAGAAAUUGAAGAGAGGGGUGAUCAAGUAGAGCUUGCUCGCUUUAUGAAAGAGUUAGUGAAAAAUGAGCUCAAAAGAUGUAAUGAGGAAGCUCAACAGUAUCUUCUUUCUGAAUCCAGACCAAAGUUGGCGCUUGUAAUUGAUGGGAAGUGUUUAAUGUAUGCACUGGACCCCAGUCUACGAGUAGUACUCCUGAAUCUGAGCUUGAAUUGCAGUGCAGUAGUUUGCUGCCGAGUUUCUCCACUACAGAAGGCGCAGGUUACAAGCCUAGUUAAGAAGGGUGCUAACAGGAUUACCCUUAGUAUUGGCGAUGGUGCAAAUGACGUCAGCAUGAUUCAGGCAGCUCAUGUUGGUGUUGGGAUAAGUGGGCAGGAAGGUAUGCAAGCUGUGAUGGCUAGUGAUUUCGCCAUUGCACAAUUCCGCUUUCUGACGGAGUUACUCCUUGUGCAUGGGAGAUGGUCAUAUCAUAGAAUAUGCAAGGUUGUGACAUACUUCUUCUACAAGAACUUGAUGUUCACCCUUACUCAGUUUUGGUUCACCUUCGAAACCGGAUUUUCUGGCCAAAGAUUCUACGACGAUUGGUUUCAGUCUCUCUAUAAUGUUAUCUUUACAGCCCUUCCUGUGAUCAUUAUUGGGCUUUUUGACAAGGAUGUCAAUGCUACCCUUUCCAAGAAAUACCCCGAGUUGUACAAGGAAGGAAUAAGGAAUGCAUUCUUCAAAUGGAGGGUUGUGGCAACAUGGGCUUUUUUUGCCGUAUAUCAAUCACUAGUUUUGUAUUACUUCGUCGUUGCUUCAAGUAACAGAGCCAUGAAUUCAGCUGGCAAAAUGUUUGGCCUGUGGGAUGUCAGUACAAUGGCCUUCACUAGUGUUGUUGUGACUGUCAAUAUACGGCUCCUUAUGAUGUGUAACACAAUUACUAGGUGGCAUCAUAUUAGUGUCGGAGGAAGCAUAUUAGCAUGGUUUACAUUUGUCUUCAUUUACUCGGGCUUCGUUUUACCUAAAGAGCAGGAGAAUAUCUAUUUUGUCAUUUAUGUCCUGAUGAGUACCUUUUAUUUCUACUUCACCCUUCUUCUUGUCCCUGUUGCUGCACUAUUUGUUGACUUCAUUUACCUGGGGGUUCAACGAUGGUUCUUUCCCUACGAUUAUCAGAUAGUUCAGGAAAUUCACAGGCAUGAAGUCGAUAACAACAGAAUCGGAUUACUCGAAAUCGGAAACAAUGAUGUAAGCCCAGACGAUGCCCGAAGAUAUGCAAUAAUGCAGCUUCCAGGACAGAAAUCAAAGCAUACGGGCUUUGCUUUUGACUCACCUGGUUACGAGUCAUUUUUUGCAUCACAGGCUGGCGUUUAUGUACCACAAAAAGCAUGGGAUGUGGCUCGUAGAGCAAGCAUGAGGAAUCGCCCCAAACCACCACGAAAGAAUGAAAUUAUCAUAUACUAUACAAUUUUGUACAUCCUUUUUUUUUUUUUAAAUACUUAUGUAGCAUUUGUAGAAUCAAUGUAUCAUAUUAUCCCACAAUGUAGCAAUGAUUCUUACUAGGAAUUUUUGUUGUCUCAUAGUGGCUUACAGCUUUUACGUCGUCCCGCCAUUUCAGAUUAUUUUUGUAAUUUUCGAAAACUUAAAACUGAAUUCUUGUUGAUAAAUCAAAUUUCAGAAAUGAUAUAUGUUUGUAAUUUAUUUUAUUUUA